AUGGCGCCCGCAAGCACUUCUCACCGACAGACCCAUAAUUUGCUCUUGAUCUCAAAGCUUCUUAGCCUGAGGGACACUGCAUCACCGCUUACUUUGGUCUUGGACUCACUAGAGCAGCCCGCGACCCCACUGACCAAAGAAUACAUUCGACGUGCAAAGCUUUCCAGGACUCAUGUAACCCUCCUUGCCUUUGAAACAUUGAAAGCCCCAGACGGUGUCGAUGCAUUCAUCUCCGCUCGCCGGAAGAGUCCUUUGGAAAUUCUAAGAGCAGUUGGCGCUGCUUACCAAAAUGUCUCGUCGAACAGCCCUUCUCGAAGGAGACUCAUCCUCAUCGACGCCAUUAACCCGCUUCUACACUCGAAAAAGAAUGACCCUCAGUUCCAUAUAUCACAGUUCCUCAGCUCCUUCCUGAUCCCGUCGAAUCCCACGGCUCCCAAGGUGGACGUGUCGCUCGUGGUAAACUUCCAUCAGGAUGUUCCCAGCCCACCUGCUCUCUCGCCUUACGCACCUUCGCCCCUCUCGAUGCUGACGUACCUUGCAACUACAAUCAUCACACUCCAUUCAUUCUCGCAUAUUCUCGCGCAGAAAGCGGCACGCGAUCGGAGUUUGGCCGCGCCUGUUUUUGGUCUUGAAGAAGAGCAAGAUGGCGUGCUCCUUGGCCGACUAGACAAACCGAGUGGCCACGACGCAUCAGAGGGGAUUGUACUUGAGCUGGAGCACCGCAGAAAGAGUGGUCGUGGCGUUCUGGAAUGGUACUUCCUUCCUCCCGCUUCUCGUUACCCUCCCCAAUACCUGAAGGAGAUCGUGACGUUGCUGGACGACCAUCCCUUGUACCGCCCGCCACAGGAGCCGGACGCUGGUGCAGGCGAAGAAGAACCCGAAUCAACAUUCGAACUGCGCCUUACCGAAAGACAGAGACGGGAUCGAGAGGGUGUGGUGCUGCCGUACUUCGAUGCCCAGCAGGGCGACGGUCCUGGUGAAGGAGGACGCAUCUUAUACGACAUGGGUGAAGAGGACGAUUUUGACGAAGAGGAGGAUGAAAUCUAGGUUUACUUGCUUCGAGUUAUUCAACACUCAGGCCCCUCAUAUACUGCACCAGGCACCAUUCGACCGUCUGCGGAUUCUCCUUAUGGAAACGUCAUUUGCAACACGGGCCAUGUGCGAUAAAAGGAUACGGAUUCGCUGUUCAAGCUCUUUACAACUAUGCGACGACUUAAGAUAUACAGUCCAACAGCUCUGCCAGAUAUUUGUUCG